AUGGCUGCUAAGGUGAAGUGGGUGACAGAUAUUGAGAAAUCUGUGCUCAUCAACAACUUUGAGAAGAGAGGAUGGACUCAAGUCACAGACAGCGAUGACUGGAACUUCUACUGGAUGAGCAUUCAGACCAUCAGAAAUGUGUUCAGUGUGGACACUGGCUACCGGUUGUCAGAUGAGCAGAUGGUAAACCACUUUCCCAAUCAUUACGAGCUGACACGGAAAGACCUAAUGAUCAAGAACAUCAAACGUUACCGCAAGGAGCUGGAGAAGGAGGGCAGCCCACUGGCAGAGAAGGAUGAGAACGGGAAAUACAUUUAUCUAGAUUUUGUCCCUGUGACAUUCAUGUUGCCGGCGGAUUAUAAUCUUUUUGUGGAGGAGUUCCGCAAGAGUCCGUCCAGCACUUGGAUCAUGAAGCCGUGUGGGAAGGCCCAGGGCAAAGGCAUCUUUCUCAUCAACAAACUGUCCCAGAUCAAAAAGUGGUCCAGAGACAGCCGCACCUCCACGUUUGUAGCGGCCUCCAGUGGCAAGGAAGCCUACGUCAUCUCCCUGUACAUUGACAAUCCACUGCUGAUUGGAGGCAAGAAGUUUGACUUGCGUCUCUACGUUCUGGUGACCACGUAUCGGCCUCUCAAAUGCUACAUGUACAAGCUGGGCUUCUGUAGGUUCUGCACAGUGAAGUACACACCCAGCACCAGUGAGCUGGACAACAUGUUUGUUCAUCUCACCAACGUGGCCAUCCAGAAACACGGAGAUGACUACAACCACGUCCACGGGGGCAAGUGGACGGUCAGUAACCUCCGUUUGUACCUGGAGAGCACCAGAGGGAAGGAGGUCACCAGCAGACUGUUCGACCAGAUCCACUGGAUCGUGGUGCAGUCUCUGAAGGCUGUGGCUCCUGUGAUGAACAAUGACAAGCACUGCUUUGAGUGUUAUGGCUAUGACAUCAUCAUUGACGACAAGCUCAAACCAUGGCUUAUCGAGGUCAAUGCCUCUCCCUCACUAACCUCGAGCACAGCCAACGACCGGAUCCUUAAGUAUAACCUCAUAAACGACACCCUCAAUAUCGUCACGCCCAACGGGGACAUCCCCGACUGCCGUUGGAACCGCAGCCCACCCCGAGAAGCCCUGGGCAAUUACCAAGUCUUGUACGACGAGGAGCAGGCGCUGAGCGAAAACGCGGAGCGUGACCUGCGGAGCCGCUCGGGUCAGUCUCUGGGGUCAAAGGGCGGCAAGGGGGGUGCAGCCCUUCGCCCAGUUGCCGCCACAUGGAAGUGA